AUGAAAUUAGUGUACAGCCAAUUGCUGAUUGCCACACACCCACCUUACGCUGCACCGCCUGCCCUGACUCAGGGGGCCAGUCCCCACACGCCACCGACGCCCGGGACAACUCCCCCCAUCUGUGGGCAGCAGCAGCAGCAGCGCACAUCUGGGCCCUGGCGGCACCGGAUCCAGUGGGAGAACAAUGGUCAGGUUUACAGUUUAAUGAGCACUGGGUCAGAGUACCAUGCUCCGGUUCAGUCCCGAACCCAGUCGAGGCUGCAUGUCUCCGGCCGGAGGGAGAGCACCAGGAGCCAGAUGCUGGGAGCGCACAGAGGAGCGAGGCUGCUGAGACCCGUGGAGUCCAGACAGUCCAGAACUGAGUCCAGACAGUCCAGAACUGACCACACCGCAGAGGCCAGAUCCAUAACGUCAGUGCGAGAUGUCAGACAGUAUGUGCCUUUCAAUGGUCGUGCUCCAGCGGCCAGGCAGCAGAGUGAUGCAGGAGCUGCUGCACUGCACACCAGAGGAGGAGAACCAGGACCUGGUGCUCAGUACCAACAGUCUGUGUCCAGGCAGUCGGAUCAAUCCAUCUCAGAAUAUCCCACAGCUCUGGAAAGGGACUCUGGGGCUCCUGCUCCAUCCGCUGCACUGACUGAGGAUGAAUCAAACAGGAAUGGAGAGGACAUGGUCAGCGAUGACCCUCGGAACCCGUUUAAGAACCACAGGAAUUCUGUUUUCUACAACUCCAAUCCAGCCAGAGGGAGGUCAGUGGCCCAAACGCGCCGUCCGCCUGGCACAGGAUAUGGAACAAGAUAUUUCCAAAAUGGACUCCCAGACCUCAUACCAGACCCAUAUGCCAUCCAAGCCGGUGCUUAUAUCCAACGCAUGCAGAUGUUUGCGCUCCGCUGUGCCGCUGAGGAGAACUGUCUAGCCAGGUCGGCUUACGGACCGGCCGUGAGAGACAUCGACUUCAGAGUCCUCCUGCGCUUCCCCCAGAAAGUGAAGAACCAAGGCACCACUGACUUCCUUCCUGUCAAGCCGAGAUACCAGUGGGAUUGGCACAGCUGUCACCAACACUUCCACAGCAUGGACGCCUUCAGUAACUACGACCUGCUGGACAUCGAGACGGGACGCAAAGUUGCGGAGGGACACAAGGCCAGUUUUUGCCUGGAGGACACGGGCUGUGACACCGGAUUCAGGCGGCGCUACGCCUGCACGUCUCAUACACAGGGACUGAGUCCAGGAUGCCAUGACACAUACGCUGCUAACAUCGACUGUCAGUGGAUCGACAUCACCGACGUUCCUCCAGGAAACUACAUCUUGAAGGUGACUGUCAAUCCCAAUUUCCACGUCCUGGAGUCGGACUUCACCAACAACGUAGUGAGAUGUGACAUCAUAUACACAGGAACUUAUGUUCAGACACGCAACUGUCGAGUAUCAAGCGAUCUGUACCUGAACAUGAACCUGUACCUGAUUCUGAUCCUUGGUACCUGCUACCAGUUCCUGGAUGUUGACCUGCUGCCUGCUCCUGGCCUGCUCACAACCAGAUCCUGCUUGGUGAAGAACUGUGACAUCACUUCACUCCAGUAUUUGCACGGCCAGCGGCUCAGCCAGUGUGCCUUCUGUCUGACAGGAUUCAUAGACCGGGUAUGCGGAAAGGCUCAGACUUGGACAGCCGGCCAAGACAUGGCCUUUCUCAAAGUUUAUUAG